CAUAUCUUAACAGAAAAACAUCGGUGAUCGUAGUAGAACCUUGUUUCUGUUAAAAAUCGGAUUAAAUUGUAGUCCGAAUACAUUUAAACGUUUUAGAACAAUUUGUGACACCUAGAAAGUUAUAUUUUAUUGUUUAAUUAUGAGUGAAGUGCGACAUAGGCGAGGUGACGGCGACGGAACCGAAAAAGUGGAGACGGCUGGCGAAUCUGAUCAUGUGGAUUCAGAAGAAGAAAAAGUAUUGGAGGAGAAGUAUGUAGAUGAACUAGCGAAAUCUUUACCCCAAGGAACGGAUAAAACCCCAGAACUUUUUGAUUCUGCGCUCUCCGGACUUUCGUCGCGAUGGCGAAAUUGGGUGAUUCGGGGAAUUUUUACAUGGCUUAUGAUUGGUGGCUUUUGCUUACUUAUAUAUGGCGGUCCCUUGGCUCUGAUGAUUACGGUUUUGUGUGUGCAAGUGAAAUGCUUUGAAGAGAUCAUCAAUAUUGGACAUGCUGUUUAUCGAGUACAUGGUUUGCCAUGGUUCCGAUCACUGUCCUGGUACUUCCUGCUCUCUUCAAACUACUUCUUCUAUGGAGAGAGCUUAAUUGACUAUUUUGGAGUUGUAAUUAACAGAACUGAUUACCUACAUUUCCUGGUGACAUACCAUCGAUUUAUUUCUUUCUGCCUGUACUGCGUUGGAUUUGUCUGGUUCGUGUUGUCCCUGGUGAAACGGUACUAUAUGCGCCAGUUCAGUCUUUUUGCCUGGACUCACGUCGCUCUGCUGAUAGUGGUGACACAGAGCUAUCUCAUCAUUCAGAAUAUUUUUGAGGGUUUGAUAUGGUUCAUUGUACCAGUAUCUAUGAUAAUCUGCAAUGAUGUGAUGGCCUAUAUCUUUGGGUUCUUCUUUGGGAAGACGCCGCUCAUCAAACUGAGCCCCAAAAAGACCUGGGAGGGUUUUAUUGGCGGCGGAGUUUCCACUGUAGCAUUUGGUCUUGUGCUAUCGUACCUAAUAUCCCAAUACCCAUAUCUGGUAUGCCCCAUUGAGUACUCGGAGUCUUUGGGCCGUAUGACGAUGGAUUGCGAGCCGUCAUCCCUGUUCCGUCUGCACGAGUACACUCCGCCUGACUGUCUUCUGCCGCUCGUGAGAUUACUCGGCCAUGAUACGAUCACAAUGUACCCGUUCAUGAUUCACUCGUUGUCUCUGAGCAUCUUCAGCUCUGUCAUCGGACCUUUUGGUGGAUUUUUCGCAUCUGGAUUCAAGAGAGCGUUCAAGAUAAAGGACUUUGGUGACGUGAUUCCCGGUCAUGGCGGUAUAAUGGACCGCUUCGACUGUCAGUUCCUCAUGGCGACGUUCGUCAACGUAUACAUUACGAGCUUCAUACGCACCGCUACGCCACAAAAAUUAUUGCAACAGGUGUACAACAUGAAACCAGAACAGCAGCUGCAACUCUUCUAUGCUCUGAAGGAAUCGCUUGAACAUCGGAACAUACUAAAUGCUAUACCUUAAAAGGUAUAUUUUGGUUGGGUAGUUUCACUAUUUAAUUAUUAUUUUAAAAGGUUUAAAUUUGACUCGUUUCCCAUCGCAAAACUGUUACUUAAAUAACUUUAAAUUUCAAAUAUAAAAAGUCGAUACUAUUAUACUAUAACUGUUAUACUGAUUAUAGUUAUUUGGUUAAAAAGAGUUUAAAGUUACUUACAGUUUAAAUAACUACAUUAUGUAUUAAAUUAUAUCAGAUUGGAACGCGCUUUUUCCAAAUAAAAUAUUUAGUAAUAACGAUAGUCAAACGUGUUAUGCAAUUGCAAUUUAUUGUUUUAUUUUAAACAUUAUAAUUUUAUUAAUUAGUAUAAUGCGUAUACCAAACGUACACAACGAAUAGGUGUACGUAAUUAUUUUAUUUUUUAUAUUUACUAGAAACCAUCGUCUUCAACAUGUUUUUCGUAAGUUAUAUUUAUAGAUUAGAAAAAUUAUUGUUGAUUGUGUUGUGAAACUACCCGAAAGGUAUGGACAUAUCUACGUUGUCAGAUUUUUUGUUUCAGUGCUAACAAUACGUAUUUUUCUAUUUUAUCGAUCCCAAUUAAUUUACCGAUUAUGUGAGAUAGAAAGAUUUACUAAAGAAAAACUACAGUCUAAUCCCUAGUUUCUAAAUUCAAAGGGUCAUAAUGGCCCGUUUUUAUCUAAAACUUAAUAAUAUAAAACGUGUUUCGACCAUGGUGAUGUUUCUUCAUCAAUAUUACUAUGAAACCAUAGUAAAAUGAUACUUUUGUUCAAGAUAAUGUCAGGAUAAAUGGAAAGUGGUAGGACGUCAAUGCAUUAUUUUUUUUUAUUUUUUUUUCAAUUUAUCCCUAAUGGGAAAGGCAAAGACUUUAGUCCAUACAGCCAGGUCUUAUUUUUGGUAAUAAUUGGAAAGUCAAUGCAUUAUUGUCAAUUGUCAACAUGAAACGAAAAAUCUGACAUUUGACAACGUUCUUAAGAACGGCAUUUAAUCUAGUCGUUGUGCAAUCGUUUACUAUCGGCACAAUAAAUAAAACCAAUUUCAAAGUAAACGAAACACAAUUUUUGAAUAAACACCUCUUCUAUAGUCUGCGCUACGAACGUGAAGCAUUUAAAAAUAUUCAUAUUUCAGAACGCAGACUAGUUUAGUAUUGCUAAUAAAAUACCAUAGAUUAAAAACGCUUGCGUAGUAUUUGUUACUGGAAUAGUUUUUAGUCUAUAUUUAGUUAUUGGUCCUAUUUGGGAAAUGGCUCGAAUUAUAUUUUAUUAAAUGUUAUUAUUACAUAGUACUAUUGUAUAGUUUUCUAAUUCUCAUUAUUUCUGUGUUUGUAUGUUGUGAUUGUUUUGUUGCGUGAGAGUUAAAUUAAUAUCGCAUCGUGGGGAGCUUAGCGAAUAUUAAUUCAAUUUAUUUUUCAUACAUAUAAUAUAAUAUAGAUUAUUCAUAUGUAUAUGUAUCUUUUAUAAAACCCAAUUCAUAAAAAUUAAAAUAGUGUUACCAGACUAUCGUAUUUAUUAUGAAUGGGUUAGAAUGUAUGUGUCUACAAAAUUAUUUUAAAUACGCGUGACUUAAAUUAUUGUCAAACUUUAACUAACGUAUUUUGGCGCCUUUUUCGUUUAAUAUUUUCAAGUGUUUUAUAAAAAGUUAAACUAAAUAAUAAAAAAAUAUAAUUGUCUUAUUUCUUAAUUCGAGUUGGUUUGAAUUAUAAAUAGAUAAAUUGGGGCCCAUGUAUGUCUUUAAAAACAUGCAAUUACGAUAUAAAAACUUUGGUUUUUAAAGAUGGCGGCGUCUCGAGUUGCCAUGUGCCAAAAAAAUAUUCUCACAAAAUUUGAAAAUUGAAUUAAGUCCGAAUGGAUUUGCUUAUACUCUAUGACAACUUAUACUCAAGCAAACAAUAAAAAAACAUUCCGAAUUCGAAUUCUUUUGAAAUUUAUUUUUUACACGUAUUGGGUAUUUUGCCAUAUGGUUUUUGACACAGGGAUUUGCAUUUUAUGCUCUAGACUGAAGGACUGAUUUUCCUAAGAGGGUCAGAAGGAAUGGGCGGUUUUAAAAAAAACUAUUUCUAUAACAAUUUCAGUUUUGUUAUCAUGGUUACCAUUAUUUCAGUAAGGAAAUAACAUCGUAACUAUAGUAAUAAAUACGGUCCUAACUUUACAUUUCGUUUUAUUAUCUAAAAUAUCGCCAUAUUUGCAUAAGACACAGCACCAAAGGAGAACAUCUUGAAUUUGACACAUUAACAAUGCCAAAUCGAUGAAUAUCAUAGAAAAUCACUCUUUUCUAAGUGUUUGUAAUCUAUGUGAUUUAAAUACUAUACUUCUUUGAUGGUAGCCACAUUAAAAAUCAUUAUCAUUCUAUAGGUCUAUUAAAAUUAAAAAUGUAUACAGAUAGAGUAUUUAUCACGGGUUACGCGGUAAGAAAAAAAUUAACUAAAAUAUAUGUUAGUGUUAAUUGGUGUUUUUUGUUUUGUGGGUAGUUUAAAAUGUUGCGUUGCAUAAUGUAGGGUAGAAUCAAUAGAAUAGGUUCGGCUAACCGGGUUCAUAAUAGUAGCUUGUGUGUUUUUCCUGUAAUUAAUAAUUUACUGCUAAUAAUAAAAAAAUAUUGUGAACUGGAACACUUUCCUAUUCAAAAAAAUACAUUUUGUUGUUCCUUCAUUGAAAAUACUCUAUUUCGAUUUGUACCAGAAUAUUAAUCUGGUAUAUGUAUGUACCUUUACCGUCCAGGGUUAUGUUAACUUCUGCCUAUAAAUACAUAGAAAAUUGCCCCUAAUAGUUUAAAAAAAUAUAAUUGGCAAUGUUUUGAGUUUAAAUAAUUAUUAUUGAAGAUAUGUUAAACACUGUCAGUCCCGAAAUUCUACCUCGCCUCUGUACACGUUUUAUUUAUAUUGUCAAUGUUGUGGUGUCUUGUCUAUAAGUUAGCAAAUUUAUUGUCUUUUUAAUUAAGGCAAAUUUUUAAUGAUUUUUAUUCUAAGACUAAGCUAAAAAUUGUGCUUCAGUUCCAUAAUCGUUUGGUCGUCGGGAAUCGUUUUAGUUUAUCGAUAUAUUUUAAAAUGAUCAGAUUUUAUGGGUUGCGGAAAUUUAAGUUAUGGCGAUUCAAAGUUCAAAGAUAUUUCUGUUAUAAAAUGUUUAAAUAUAAAAUUAGUUAACACCGCAAAUGUUUAAGAACUGACAACUAGAAAACGCUAAAUAAAUUUAAAUCUAAUGUAUAAUAAAUACACGUAACUCAAACCAAAUAAAUACUUGCCAGUUCUUAAGGUCAUAGUUCAAUAUAUUUUUUUAAUCCUUUUAACUACAGUUAGAAUUUUAAAGUUUAACGACAGUUAAAUUGCGCUCGUAUACGUAAA